AUGGGCUGCAAGUCAUCAGAUAAGCCAAAGCCAAAGCACAGAAAGGGAUUGUGGUCACCUGAAGAAGACCAAAGGCUUCGAAACUACAUCCUCAAGCAUGGCCAUGGCUGCUGGAGCUCUGUUCCGAUAAACGCUGGUUUGCAAAGGAAUGGAAAGAGCUGCAGAUUAAGGUGGAUAAAUUACUUGAGGCCGGGGUUAAAGCGAGGGACAUUUAGCAAACAAGAGGAGGAGACAAUCCUGACCCUUCAUCAUAUGUUAGGGAACAAGUGGUCUCAAAUUGCACAGCAUUUGCCAGGAAGAACAGACAAUGAGAUAAAAAAUUACUGGCAUUCUUAUUUGAAGAAGAAAGUGGCCAAAGCUGAAGAAAUCAUGGAAGGCCAGAGCAAAUCUCAAUAUACAAGUACUACUUCAAGCUCAGACAACUUAGAGUGUUCACCAUCUCCCCACAAGCCCACAACCUGUAUUAAUCCAAGUUAUGAGUCAGUGGAAAAAUCACCAACAUUAAUUCCCCAGACUGGUGAUCAAACUCACAGAAGCCCUUUACCAAAGAUUUUGUUUGCUGAGUGGCUUUCUUUAGACCAUGUUCAUGGUGGAAGCUAUGCAAAUAAUAUCAGUGAGGCUGGGGUUUCCAGGGAAGGCUUUGAUCACAAUUCUAAUAAUCUUCAAGCAGAUCAUGCUCUAGGACAUAAUUUUUUAUUGAACAAUGAAGGAGCAUUUGAGAAUGGUUUUCAUUAUGGGCUAAGCCAUCAUGGAGCGGCUACUGAGAUGAUCAAUUCAUCACAGUUUAAGUUUGAGGAUCAGAUUUCAGGACCUGGGUUUGUUGAUUUUAUAUCAGGCUGUGAUAUGUGUAGUGAUUUCAACUUGCACAACGAUGUAAUGUAUUUUUAUAAAUAAGGGGAAAAAAA